UUCACAGCCGGAGCCCGCGGCGGAGGCGCGGGCGCGCUUAGGCCGUGUGGUAGGCGGCCAGGGCGGCCGCACCAUGGAGGCGGGCACCGAGGAGUACGAGCUCAACGGCGACCUGCGCCCGGGCUCCCCCGGUUCCCCCGACGCCUUGCCACCACGCUGGGGUUGGAGGAACCGGCCCAUCAACGUAAACCAUUAUGCCAACAAGAAGAGUGCCGCAGAGAGUAUGCUAGACAUCGCGCUACUUAUGGCCAACGCGUCGCAGCUGAAGGCCGUGGUGGAGCAGGGCCAGGACUUCGCCUUCUUCGUGCCCCUGGUGGUCCUUAUUUCCAUCUCUCUUGUGCUGCAGAUUGGAGUGGGCGUGCUGCUUAUCUUCCUGGUCAAGUACGACCUUAACAACCCAGCCAAGCACGCCAAGCUGGACUUCCUUAACAACCUGGCCACGGGACUGGUAUUCAUCAUUGUGGUUGUCAACAUCUUCAUUACAGCCUUUGGGGUCCAGAAGCCUGUAAUGGACGUGGCACCCCGGCAGUAGGACACCCAGAAUCCUUAAAGGUACCUGACCGGCAUCCCAGCUGUCCAGACCCCUGAAAGUGCUGUGCUCUCAAGGCAUCCAUCUCCUGUGUGGAGCAUUCCCCUCAACCACCAGAGCCCAAGCUGACCACCACUGGACCAGGGUCAGAGAUGGACUUCCAUUCAACUGUGACU